GGCUCCUUCCCACCGUUCCACUCUAUUCUUCCGCUGUUCCUCCUCGCCGUCACACCAGCUCUGACUCAGCUGCGUGAGGUGCUCGAUGGUGUGAGAUAAUUCGCGAAAAAAAAGAGGAAAAAAGGCGGACAAUUAUUUCCCUAUCAGUCACUCAUCGUAAUCAAUUUUGUCAUUGAUAAGCCGUUAUAGACUUGAGUCGGCGAGUCAGUUCCCCAUUGUCCCACCGACAUUGGAACACAUUUAAUUAUUUUUCCUGUUCGAUUUCCGUCAAUUACCAUUGUUGUCCUGUUGACGUUGAAAAUACCUGAAGGAUUGAGUUAUGGCAUUUCUGAAGACACUGCCGCGUUACUGUGCUAAUAGAAAAUUGUUGAAGUGCUUGGAGUUGGGAUUGACAAAAAAUGGCACGAAGUGUGUUGUGCAGAUGGUGAAAAAUGUCGAUGAACGUGGAUAUGCGAGUGAAUCCGGAGGACAGCCGGUAACCAGGCAAAUCGAUCCACUAGACCUCAAGUUUAAUGAUCCAGUGGCAUCAUUCAAGAGCAAAACCACCAUGGAACUUGUCAGGGCAUAUAUUGUUUAUCAAUUUUGCUCCAUCGAUUAUGUCGUUGAGAACAACAUGAAGUUCAUGAAAGUUGCUAAAAGGUUACUAGGAGAGCGGAUAUUCACUUUGCUAAUGAAAAUGACAUUUUACGGUCACUUCGUCGCUGGUGAAGAUGAGGAGAAAAUCAAACCAGUAAUUUCACGUUUACGUCAGUUUGGAGUCAAGCCCAUUCUUGAUUACUCUGUCGAGGAAGAUCUAUCACAGGAAGAGGCUGAAAAACGUGAGCUUAAGGCAUCUGUAUCAGAGGCUGGCGAUGAAAAGAAGGAGGGAACGCUGAAGAAAUAUCAUGUUGAAAAAUCAUUCGCUGAUAGGCGAUAUAAGGUGUCAUCAGCAAGGACGUAUUUCUAUCUGAAUGAGGCAUCUUGUGAGAGGAAUAUGGAUAUAUUUAUUAAAUGUUUGGAGGCUGUUGAUGCAGCAUCAAUGGGAGCUGGUAUUACUGCAGUUAAAUUAACAGCUCUGGGAAGACCCCAAUUAUUGCUUCAAUUGUCGGAAGUCAUAAUGCGUGCAAGGCAGUACAUGUCGGAUGUUGUUGGUGGUGAGGGAGCUGUAUUAGCUCAUCAUGCUAAAGCCGAUGAUUUUAAGAAGAAAUUCGAAGAGGCGCAUAUUAAUGAUGCAGCGCCGGUACAAAAAUUUUUGGAGAAAAUCCAGUCCGACAAGGAAGGGGUUAUUCAUCUCUUCCCGUGGAGUGGAAUUCUCGAUGAGAAUUAUGAGCUGAGUGAGACAUUCCAAGUACCUGAUAUUAAGACCGGCAAAAUGGUCAAGUUGAUGACGCAACUGACAGCUAAAGAAGAGGAAAUGUUUAGGAAUAUGAUAAGAAGACUGAACAGCAUUGUAGCGGUUGCUGAUAAACUCAAUCUGCGAAUCAUGAUAGAUGCUGAACAGACCUAUUUUCAGCCAGCAAUAUCGAGAUUGACUCUGGAAAUGAUGCGAAAGUACAAUACAAAGAAGGCUGUCGUGUUCAAUACCUACCAGACGUAUCUCAAGGAAGCAUUCAACGAGGUGAAGACUGACCUUGAGCAGGCUGAGCGUCAAAAUUUUUACUUCGGUGCUAAACUCGUUCGAGGAGCUUACAUCGAACAGGAGCGUGCUAGAGCAGCGGCCAUGGGUUACGCUGAUCCAACGUGUCCAACGUACGAGGCGACGACAGAAUCCUAUCAUAGAACACUGAUGGAGUGUCUUAGGAGGAUGAAACAGUACAAAGACAAGGAGGAGGAUCCAAAAAAAAUUGCCAUCAUGGUUGCAUCACAUAAUGAAGACACCGUUCGUUUUGCUAUUGAAAAAAUGAAAGAAAUUGGCAUUUCACCAGAGGACAAGGUUAUAUGCUUUGGGCAACUGCUCGGAAUGUGCGAUUACUUGACUUUCCCACUUGGCCAGUCAGGCUAUUCUGCAUUCAAAUACAUUCCUUAUGGGCCUGUGAAGGAAGUUCUUCCAUAUUUAUCACGACGAGCGCAGGAGAAUCGUGGAGUUCUCGCUAAAAUAAGGAAAGAGAAACGCUUAUUGCUGAAUGAAAUAGCUAGGCGCUUCAGAAAUGGCCAAAUAUUUUACACCCCAAAAGGAAAUUAUACACCUGUGUGAUUACACCCCCCCUCCCUUCCCUUGUAAAUGUGAGAAAUUGAUGAACACAAGGCUCUAGAUAAUUUUUGUAAGUGGACGGGUUUGGAGAUUUUAACUUUAAAUAUUUUGUGUUCCUUUUACAUAUGACAAAGUGAAAAAAAAAUCGUCUGUCCAGUUGUAAUUAUUAAACUUAUAAAAUAAUCUGCCCUGAAUCUCAAGUAUUUUUCGUUGUUCACGAAUCAAACAGUAUUGCGUUAAUAGAAUGGAUAUCGAGUAUGAAGAGUGUAAUUGAAUGGAAAAUUUGAUCUUGACUCUUUUAGAAAAUGUGCAAAAAUGCUCUUUUGGUUGAGGGUAUUGAGGCAAUACGAGGGAAAGUGUCUGGAUACCUACCCUAUUGCUCGCGAAAUGGUGAACAUCGUAUCGAUGAAGAAAUAGAAAAUAGAAAUAUUAUCAAUUUUAUUUUUAAUAACUGAGGGGAACACUUGUAAUUUUCUUUCAUAGCCUGGUUUUAUCUACGAGGAAUCAGAUGAAGAUUUUUAAUAUUUGUGUUCAUUAAUGUAUUUUUAUUAACGAUCGUUUUUCAAUAUCCAUUGGGCUGCGCCAUUGGUAUUUAAGAAUCUAGUCGUAAAGUUGAUUUUUGUCUUCAUCACACAAAAAAGAAAACGAUUAGAGAAUAUCAUGUGACGUUUUAAACAAAUAUUUUUGUCAAGAUAAAUUUCGGGUAAUUAUUGUUCCUUGUAUUGCACAUAACUGUUGUUAAUAAAUCAUGAACAUCAACACGUGCAGAAUAAA